CGUUGGUCGAUGUUGUGCCUCCGCGGGCCUGGAAGUUCGGGGCUGCGGGGCCCUGGUCGGGGUACAGCUUUCUGCCGGCUCCCUCGCCGCCCUUCCUCCGGCUGCGUCCGUCCUCUGCAGCCCGCCUGCCCCAGCCCGGGCCGCCGCUGGAGCUCGCGUUUCUCUACCCCAAGAAUUGCCCUUACUGAAGAGCUCCUUGGAAGGUUCUUAAGAAGAUAAAGAAGGUAGUGGAAACAAGCCUACUGAGCUUUUCCAGCCCUAAAUGGCAGCAGAAUCAAGAAAGUCGUCAGCCCCAUCCCCACCUGACCAAGCUCCUGAAGAAGACCUUGUAAUUGUCAAGGUAGAGGAAGAUCACGGCUGGGACCAGGAAUCUAGUCUGCAUGAAAAUAACCCUCCAGGCCAAGAGCUGUUCCGCCUGCGCUUUAGGAAGUUAUGCUACCAGGAGACAUUAGGACCCCGAGAAGCUCUGAUCCAACUCCGCGCACUUUGCCAUCAGUGGCUAAGGCCAGAUUUGAACACCAAGGAGCAGAUCUUGGAGUUGCUAGUGCUAGAGCAGUUCUUGACCAUCCUGCCUGAGGAGCUCCAGACUCUGGUGAAGGAACAUCAGCUAGAGAACGGAGAGGAGGUGGUGACGCUAUUGGAGGAUUUGGAAAGGCAGAUUGACAUAUUAGGACGGCCAGUCUCAGCCCGUGCACAUGGACAUGGACUCUGGGAGGAGGUGGUGCAUUCAGAGUCUGCACCAGAGCUUCCAAAUACUCCGCUCCGACCUGGGGCAACCCAGCACAAAUCUCCAGUGCCCCAGGGGCCAGAAGAGAGAGCCAUCUCUACUUCUCAGAGUCCUACCCCUUCCCAGAAAGGAAGUCCUGGAGACCAGGAGAUGACAGCAGCACUUCUCACAGCAGGGUUCCAGACUUUAGAGAAGAUCGAAGACAUGGCUGUAUCCCUAAUUCGAGAGGAGUGGCUUCUUGACCCGUCACAGAAGGAUCCCAGCAGAGAUAAUAGGCCAGAGAAUUACAGAAACAUGUUCUCCCUGGGUGGUGAGACCAGGAAUGAGAACAGGGAAUUAUCUUCGAAACAGGUAAUAUCUCCUGGAAUCCAACCACAUGGAGAGACAGCUGCCAAAUGCAACGGGGAUGUUAUCGGGGGUCUUGAGCAUGGAGAAGCCCGAGAUCUUCUGGGCAGAUUAGAGAGGCAGCGGGGAAAUCCCACCCAGGAGAGACGACAUAAAUGUGAUGAAUGUGGGAAGAGCUUUGCUCAGAGCUCGGGCCUUGUUCGCCACUGGAGAAUCCACACUGGGGAGAAACCCUAUCAAUGUAAUGUGUGUGGUAAAGCCUUCAGUUACAGGUCAGCCCUUCUUUCCCAUCAGGAUAUCCACAACAAAGUAAAACGCUAUCACUGUAAGGAGUGUGGUAAAGCCUUCAGUCAAAACACAGGCCUGAUCCUGCAUCAGAGAAUCCAUACUGGGGAGAAGCCGUAUCAGUGCAAUCAGUGUGGGAAGGCUUUCAGUCAGAGUGCGGGCCUUAUUCUGCACCAGAGAAUCCACAGUGGGGAGAGACCCUAUGAAUGUAAUGAGUGUGGGAAAGCUUUCAGUCAUAGCUCUCACCUCAUUGGACAUCAGAGAAUCCACACUGGGGAGAAGCCCUAUGAGUGUGAUGAGUGUGGGAAAACCUUCAGGCGGAGCUCACAUCUUAUUGGCCAUCAGAGAAGCCACACUGGGGAGAAACCCUACAAAUGCAAUGAGUGUGGGAGGGCCUUCAGUCAGAAGUCAGGCCUUAUUGAACAUCAGAGAAUCCACACUGGAGAAAGACCCUAUAAAUGUAAAGAAUGUGGGAAAGCUUUUAAUGGGAACACUGGCCUCAUACAGCAUCUGAGAAUUCAUACUGGGGAGAAGCCCUAUCAAUGUAAUGAGUGUGGGAAAGCCUUUAUUCAGAGGUCAAGUCUCAUUCGGCAUCAGAGAAUCCACAGUGGAGAAAAAUCUGAAUCCAUAGGAGUUUAGGAGAAAAACCACAAUCAUAGUUUGGGCAUUAUUCAACUUUAGAGAAACCACAGGCUGGUGAGAGGUCUUUCAGUGUAGUAGAAAGAAAGUUUGUCGUCAUGCAACCUCACUAGGGUCAGAAUUGAUAGUGGUGGCAGAGUUAGGAUAGCUCUUCAGUAGUUGGGCCAGUGCCUUGAUGCAGGUGGAUUAGCUUGACUGUCUUGGGAGGCGUCUGAUGGAGUGGAGCUCCUGAUGGUUUAAUGUAUCCUUUAGAAACAAAAUAGCAUUAGAGCAAGUUGCUUGUCGUGGAGGCACUUAAUUUUGUCUUUUGGGUGAGUAGCUGUAGGUUUGAGAGAGGCUACUCCUCCUAGUCCCUCUGCUGCUUCCCAUUUCCUGUGACCCUCUUCCCCCAUUUAUUCCCCUGAGGGUCACUUAUGCUCCAAAUCUGACCUGAGAAGCUGCUUUAGAGUCUGAAGCAGCCUCUGUGUGAGACUUACUUUGCAUUUAGCUUUCUAGGAACCUAGUUCUAGGGAAAUUUUUACAGACACUUAAUGUAUUUAUGCUGAAGUGUGUGUUUUGUUUUAUUCUAAUGUUCCUGAUAGUCAGUGGAAAACCGUACUCCCACGCAAACUCAGAAUGCUAUAUUUUUAACAGCACUCCAGCAUUUUUCUUCAUAUAUCACCUUCACUGACUCCACUGAGUCAUUGAACAUCCAUACGUAUCCUUCACCACCCCCAGUCCCAGUACCUGUGUCAGCAAAGGAAGUGAUGGUUGUGGGAAUGAAGCAGAGAAAGAGGUGAGUGGAGACAGCCUGGCUGCUCUUGAGCUCGGGUGGUUGUACGUUCUGGUGACUUCUGGCUCUCCUUUCCACCUUCCCACUGAACACUGUGGUGGCACAGAGGUGGUAACAUUAUCCCAGUUACAGCAUCACAUGGGAGAAAGGGGAGACAGGGGUGCUUGAAGAAGACCUGAAAAUCCUUGCAAAGAACGUACACGCAACCCUCUGGCCCAUUACAGUACUGCCCUGUCAGGUUCUUACCAGUCUGCACAAACCCCUGACCAGAUGGUCUGUCACUCUUGUCAUUACCCUGGUCCCACCUUGUUAGAUGGCCUUAGCACCUCACCCUUCAUUCCCCAUCUGUUUCUUGCCAUGAGCUUUCUGUGUCCACAGUGGAGAUCUGUCCAGUACUUCACCUCACAGCUCCUCAUCCUCCUGAAUUCUGGUGUACUCCAUCUGUAAUCCAGCAGAGACCCAGUAGUAACUCAUCAUCGCUGGGCACUAUCUUUCUUGGAGGCUUUCAGUAUACCAAGGGAUAUUAUUAUAUAAGGUGAUGAGGCUGGUUUGAGGAACACACCAGAAUUUAUGCAUCCAAAUGUGGUUUGUCCUUUAAAUUUGGCACUUCUGGUUAUUCCGUUUGUGCUCCCGCUUCUCCAAAUAUUUGGAAGACUUUUACCCUUGAAUAACGUCUCAUUUUUUACCAUUACCCAUUUGUUCAUCACAUUUGGAAUGGAGUUACUUUUGGCUUUUUUUCCAAAAUCAGCUUUCAAAAUUGGAAUUGAUUCCAUUAAUCCUAUUCAGAAGAAUAGGAUACAUGCCAAGAGAAGUUACACAAUUUCACACUGUUCUAAACAGGAACAACAAUUCUUAACACCUAUUGGUGUUUUUCAAAAGGUCAUAAAAUCUUUCAGCAUAAAGGUCUGCCUUUUGGAUCGUAAAUUCUUUCUCUAUAAAAUCCCUUCUGUGGCCCACCCUGAUCACUAACAACAUCGAGGUUACUACCCCUGUUUCAUUGAGUCCUUGAUACCCACCUAUCAUUUGCGAUCCUGGUUUCCUUGGCUAACUUUUUCAAAACAGUGCUUUCCAUUAUCCUUUGUUUUCUUACUCUUUUUUUUUUUUUCUUUUGGCCUAUAGAUUCCCUUGUACUCAAAGGGAAUUCCAUUCCUCAUUCCCUUGUACUUGAAAGUUCAAGAAACCAGAAACAAAUCUGGUUGUCUCCAGAUCCUUGCUCUCUGCUUCAGUUGUGCCUCAGCCUCUGUAAGGUACCAGUUCUGCCUGAGGCCAGUACGCCCUGUGUGCAAAUACUAUAUAUGAUGAGUACAUCGUCAGAGGGAAAAUAUGUGCACACGUACACGCGGUCCUCCCACGUAGCUCCGAGGAGCACUUGUCUUCUAUUCCAGUGAAAGCUCUCAGAGCAACAUGUUAAAAUGACUGUAAGUAUAUCAGCUAACAUCUCUCUACUCACAAUAAUGUGUAGCUAUGUUACUGAAAUCUAUAAUUACUAAGCAUCUGGCAGAAAUUCCAAGAAAAGAAUAUAUGCCAAGAAAGAUUAGUGUGAUGCUGGGAUGAAUGAGGAGAGACCGUGACUUGAAAGAACUAUCAAGGUUAGUUCAGCCCACAUGCAGAAAUAGCCAUGUAGUGUAAGAGUAGAAAAGGCUGUUGUUUCUUUGGGGGCAUACGUAGAAGUCCAUUCUUGGUCUCCACUUCUCACUCUUUGCACUAGAGUGUUGUUGAUCCAUCUUUAUGAGCCUGAGCUCCUGACUGAGUGAUGUGUGCUAAGUUCCUUUAUAUCCUGCAGAUUCUAUUUUUAUGCUCUUAAUCUGAAAUGAACUGUUCAUCAGUACUUUCUUCUCCCAUCAUGAUCUCAUUUUAGGGUCCAGCAUGACAGUGUGGUUCUUCUGUAACUCUGCUGCCAUCCAACUUAGUCCUAGAAGACACAUCUUAGGUUUCAAAGAUUUCCGCCAUUGAGCAAGGUGGCAGCGCUAGAAUGUGGUGGAUGAUUCCUAUACAGAGCAGUUAGCUUUAUUCUUGGUCCUGAGACUCUAAAUAGUAAUAGCUGACAUUUAUUAAGCACUUACUGUGUGCCAAGCCCUAUGCUAAGCAUUUUUCAUGGUUUGAUAGAUCGUAUAUCCCGCAUUUUAUAGAUGAGGAAAUAGGCUUAGAGGGGUGAGUGAGUUGACCAAGGUCAUGGAGCUGGGAAGUGACAGAGCAGGGACUCUGCCCGACAGGGUCAGAUUCUCGAGCCUGUGCUGCUGACCCUUGUGCUACCAUGUCUCUGGUGAACACCCUGACCCUGGCCAGCCAUGUGGAAAUUCUGUAUCCCUGGCCAUAAGAGCUACUGGGGAAGGGAAUGUACAGUAUAAUAUAGUACAGAUCCAUUGCAGUUAUUGGAUAAUUGGUUGAAAAUGUUAUUUUGGUUGAUAACUUUUGAUGCUCUGUAGUACUAGAAAGCUAAAUGGUACAAGUAAAUCAUGUUUAAAAGAGUAAUUCAGAGAAUAAAGCAAUAAUGUACAGAUUCGAGUACAUUUCUCUCUAAACUGCCCCAGGGAACUAGAAUUGUGGAGGGAAAUGAAAUAUCCAUGUGCCGUGCCAGGCCAGGCAUGUGGUCGGUUGGGAUGACAGUAAAAUUUACCUACAGCAUAAAAUGUGGAAACCCUUCAACUUCACUGCCAUUUCUAACUGCCAUUCUGUUCUUCUGUCAUUCAUGGUUUUUCAAAUGUACCAUCCAUCGCUCAAUCCCAUUUUCUCAUUACUAUACUUUUGAAACUUCUUACUGGCUUUUGUACUCAGUAUUCCACUGAAGUGUCCUAUGGAUAAAUAUCAAUGCCUUUUCUUAGUUCUUGUCCUUCUUGAUCUGUAUUUCACACUGUUGAGUUUACCCUGCAACUCAGGAAUUCUCUUCUUUGGCUUGUAGGAUCCUUUUUGGUCAUUUUCCUCCCAGUUUCUAGCUUUUCUUUAUUGGUCUUUUUUCUCCUCUCCACGGAGAAUAACCUUCAUGUCUUGAUUAUUCCAGUAUUUUUUCUAUAUUCACUUCUAUUUAUUUUGAUUGUUUACACUUACUGUGUUUCAGUAACUUAUUUCCCACCCUGUGGGUCAGAUACCUACACAACUUGGUAUUCGAAAACAGACCUCAUCACUCCUGUCCCCCAGCUCCCAUUUUCCUUUUAAUAGGCGUUAUUGCUUAACUUCUUUACCCUGAAAAGACUCACUGCCCUUCAUAUUUCUUUUUUUUUUUUUUUUAAGUGGGCUCCAUGCCCAACGUGGGGCUCAAUCUCACGGCCCCAAGAUUGAAUCCUGUGCUCUACUGACUGAACCAGCCAGGCGCCCUGUCCUUCAUAUUUCUUAUCCCUAUCUUAUAGUUGUCUUUGUCUUUUUCUGCUCUCCACUCGACAUUCCGGUUCUUAGUUUUCUCCAUGAGGCUGGAUCUUUUACAUUUCUGCCAACCCCUUAUAGCCUUCUGCAGAUCCAUAUCAUAUGACGCCCAGGAAAUUGUAAUUUCUUUCUAGUUUCCUUGCUUCCAAGAUCCCCAUCCUGUAAUGCUUCUAAGGUCAUCCUCCUCAGAAUCCAUUUUUAGUCCAGAACACUCAGCAGAUGAUUCUUAUCAGAGCACUGGUGUUCCAAGUUCUCCCAUUAUUUUGCCCUUCAUGCUUAAUCUGCCUCUGCCUCAUUCUCUGGCAUAUUCACCUCGACUCAUCUUGUUCACACUGUUGUCUUACAAGCCCUUGCCUCUGUGCCUUUCUCAUGCAGCAUCUUUUGUUUAGAUUGUUUUUUGGCCCCAGCUCUUGUUCAUCACUCCCUUUAAGCCUAGCUUCUUUGUAUCUUCGGAGUGAGCUCUCUCUGACUUCACCUUACACUGAGACCUCCCUUGUUCUGUGCUGCCUCAGCACUUAUCCUUUGAGUUUGUACUGUGGUCCAUGCACUUACUAAUAUGUUGCUUUGUAAUUAUUUUCUAGCACUCUGUACUGUAGUUCACAUUUGUAUUUAUUUCCAAAAUUAAAUUGUAAGCUCCUUGAGGGCAGGAAUAAUGACUUCUACAUUUGUAUCUCUGCACCCCCUAGUGCCUAGUACAGUGCUGAGCACACAGUAGGUGUUUAAUAAAUGCUUGUCGAAUCAU